AUGAUCAAGGCUUUCAGGGCAUCCAGACACCAGCCGGAGCAGAAAAUCAGGUAUCGAGAACUCCGCAAACGGGCUCGAGUUCGAAAGAGACAGCAAAUCCUCGACAUUCUGCACCUAGCAGAAGACGCUGCAGCCCGGCAUGAUACCCGCACCCAGUAUCGCUUUAUAAGAAUGCUGCCCCCAAAAAGCUUCCGGCGGAGAAUCUGUCUCCGCUCCCCUGGUGGUGGCCUGAUGAUCCUGACAGAAGAGGCCGAUGCUUUACUUCAGUACGCGAGGGAUCUUUUUCGGGGUAAGUUGUGGGAUGCUCCUGCGCUUCUUCUACUCAAUCCUGAAUGGUUUCGGGCUGAUUGUUGGAAACGCGCUUUUCGGCAGCUCGCUAAUCAUAAGGCUGUCGCUGACUCUGAGGGCACAGUUGAAGCGUGGAAGCAGGUUGUUGAUCAGGUGUCAAGUGCGCUUGAACAGAUCUCGCUUGACAGCGUUGCCAAUGCUUGUCCGUCCAUUCCACAGGAGUGGACGCGCACGCAACUGGCAUGGCUGCCCAAGCCUGGCAGGGCCACCUCGAGCCCAUCUGGGUUGCACACUAUCGGAUUGCUUGGCCCAGAUUCCAAAGCUUUCUUAUAUAUCCUGAAGGAGCAUGCAAACCCGUAUGUUCAGCAGGCCAUGGCCCCGUAUCCGCAGUUCGCUUACAGACAGCACACCUCAACGGUAGAUGCGCUCCUUAGAGCCAGCGAUCAUUGCCAGCAGAUUCGACAGUUACUCGAUGCACAGGUGGAUGAUAUCACAGCUCGAAUCCUACGUCGAGCACCCGCUGAUCUCACGGGAGGCAUAAUGGCCAGCAUUGACCUGUCGAAGGCAUUUGACUCGCUGUCCCAUGAGGAGAUACUUUGCUCUCUUCGAGAGACCCACAUGCCCGAAGAGCUUGCGCGGAUGAUUCUGCAUGUCCACAUCUCAACGACGGUCACCAUUAAGCACAAAGGGUGCGAGCCAAGCUUUAAGAUGGGACGAGGUCUUCGACAGGGAUGCCCCAUCGCGCCUAUGGUGUAUGCAGCUUGGACUGCACGACUGUGUCGUAAAUUGGAUGCGGUCAUUCGGGAUUCUUGGUCACAACAGCAUCUUACCAUUUUUGCUGAUGAUAAGCAUUCCUGCUGGCCGGUGCAUUCGGAACAAGAGCUCAACCGAGCUCUGACUGAACUAGGACUCCUCAUUGAAACCAUUGAAAGCUGUGGCAUGACGGUGAACCUGGGUAAGUCCUCGGUGGUGAUCGCCAUGAAAGGUAGACAGUGGGUGCGCAUUCAGAACCAGAAGAUUAGGAUGUGGAAUGAAAAGCGCUGCAUUCUCGUGCCCCUCCGAGAUCGAAGCCUUUACAUGCCGGUUGAGGAUCACAUGAUAUAUCUUGGAACCAAGCUCAGCUACCAUCGGUUUGAGGCGCAGACGGUGCAGUACAGGGCGCAGCAGGAGCUCGGGAAGGUUCUGAGGGUCAACGGUCCUCUGAACACAGGACGUCGACUCCAGGUGUACCGGACGUGCGUGGUACCCACCAUCCUCUAUGAGCUCACCGGCGUCGGCAUCACGGGGGCCACCAUGAAGGUUCUCACGUCCACCAUGGCAAUGCAGCUGCGUAAAGUAUGUAGUAGGAUACAUGAACAUGGGGUCUCCAAUCAGGCAGUCCUCUCACGUGCUGGUCUCAAUCUCAAUGAGAUCCUGUUGGGCAGAAUGCGCAAGCAGCAGACCGCUAUCACACUCGAUCACAGCCGCUCGAAUCAGCUACGUGCUCGGGCUCUGGACCGGACGACAUUCCUGAUUCGACAACUUCAGCACUUUCAGGAGGCGCCUAUAGCAGCAGCAUCCUCGCUCAUACCGGACUCACUCACUCUGGAUCAGCUGCAUCAACGCACUCUGGAAGCUGAACUUCGGAGUCCCCCACAACCACCAGACGAUGCCUUGUUUCAGGAGCUUCCCUACUUUGAGACGGCAACUACUUUUCCUUCGGUGACUUCAUCAGUGCUGAAACAGCACACUCAGGCCAUCCAAAAGCUCACCUCCAAAUGCAGCCUCAGUGCGGUGUUUCUCAGACCGUGCAGCUUCUGUGGCAGCGAGGCCAGGGACACGGGCGCCCAUUCUCAGCAGCGCUCAGCCGUGUUUCAAUUUCUGGCGGUGAACCUUCUCAAGCAGGCUGGUCACACUUUGUCCAGUCUUCGCAAUGCCAAGCCGGUGCAGCACAAGAAAUCCGAGGCAAAACCGAAAUACAAGUCUUUCGUGUCACCUCUUGCGACGGCCUUCAAGGCAGGUGCUGACACUAUUGGCCGGCCCGCCAACAAGAGUCUGGACAAGGCGGUACUCCCGCUCAGUUCCAGUGAGACACAGACAGCCCAUGUGGUGCCCAGGCAUGAUGAUCAGGCCACACGCAGGCUACCGAUCGUACACAGUGGGAAGAUCACGGACUUUUUCACUGCCUCGCGAGGUGCUGGCAACCACAACAACAUGGCGCAGCAGGUGCAUUGGCUCUGCAGGCUGGUGCUUCGCAAUCCUCAUAACAUCUGCUACGCUAACUGCAGCUUGAUUGCCUUGAUGUACAUGUUUGAUAUUGCAGAGCAACUUCCCGAGCCGAUUACAUUCCUACGCCCUACGCCGGCUGAUGCGCAAGGCAGUUGGCAAAGCGAGCACAUUUUCGUUGGUGCAAUAGUCUUACUCCAGAUUGGGAAUUCACGGACAGACAACGGGAUGCAGCAGCGUACCUUCAGUCUCUACUACAGGCACAACCCCUGCUGGACCGUCAGACUCAGAGAAGCACACAGACUUCCGGUUGGAAUGCGAGUUGAGGGGGAUGCGCCGCUGCAAUCGAUUAUCAACAGGUGGCACUCAGCCUAUGGUGAUGCGGACGUUCAGGCCCUGAUCGCAGCUCCCGACAUCCUCUGCAUUCAACUGGGGCGAUCUACGGACACGGGCAAGAACCUCUCGAAUAUCACAAUCUCCGAUGCCGUUCACCUCUCAGUCUUCGCCGAAGGAUUGCAGGUUGAUUGGUUUCGCUAUGAAGUGAAGUCGGCGGUGAUCCACUUAGGUGAAUUGAUGACGUCGGGACACUACAGAGCUCUACUACGGGUCGGAAGCUCAUGGUUCUACACUGAUGAUAACAGGCGGACUACGGCUCCGCCCUCGAUUGAAGGCGAGGAAGAUCAACACAAGUGGCAGUGCAAUGGCGACAACUGGGCGACGAAGCCGGGCACAGGAGGCCGUGCGGCAUGGACACGGGAAAGCUCGUCAUGGAAGAGGGGUCGGGAAACGGAGUGGGCCCCCAAUGCCCCCGCCGAUCUGGUACUAAGGUUCAUGCAGUUCCAGUUCGCUCGGCUAUGGCGAUCGGCUAUGGCUCCAGACGUGGAUGCUUGGUCCAUCUCUUCAGAAGUUUCUGGGACAUCAGGGGUCUCGGGGGCCUCGGAUGUCACCAUCCGCUAUGAUGCAACAGACUUGACACAGGUGACCGCCUCAGCUUCGGAUUCGGAUCCACCCGCACCGCCAGCAAACCAGCAGUACUCUCAGCAAGAUUUGUGCCGUGAUGCAUUGAUGGCUUGUGGCCUCGACUACGAACCACAGUUGGCUACUGCUCUCUCGUCGCUAAGUUUGCAUAUGGAGGAUGUGCAUAAAGGCUUUGCUGUGAGGGAUUUGCGCAGCCAGGCUGGUCUGAUGCCCCAGCGGCCAACGAAGCUGAUCACAUGGCUAGAGUAUGGUUUGCUCAGCUUGCUGGAAAUCUUCCCGGGGGAAGAGGCCAAGAGGAAUGCACAAGAGCACUCGCCAAUUUGUAUGGGUGGCGGGGAGUGCCAGGACAUCUCCACAGCGUUUUGCCACCAUGCCUGCAGUUUGAUCCACGAUUGGCUUCUGAAGGAUGCAGAUGCCUCUUUUCUUGAGAUGCAAGGAUUUCGGCUGAGCGGCCGAGUUCAGACGACUAAGGUACGUUAUUGUGAUGAUGGCCCUCACGCCACGAAGAUGGCCAUGUGGAUGUGCUACCGCUCCGGCCUCCUGUGUAGCCCAAGCAGUUGGUUCGGGAAGCCAUCCGAAGCAGAAGGCUGGCAGAGUCCCGAGUGGGCGCACAUUGUAAGCGCCGACGGUGUCGCUGCGAAGCUGGCCAGGCGAAAGCGUCGCGAGACAGGGCACCUGCGCUCAGACGCAACCUGCGACGAGCAAGGGCAAGAAUCGCCGGCCCUACUGCGAAAGUUGAAGCUGUUGUUGGCAGACGGCUAUUUCAAUCAGGUCGUUCCGAACAAAACGAUCCAAGCAGGCGACCACUCCGCGGUCAGCGGCUUCCAGAGGCUCCAUUGCUCCACAGACUCCACAGUCGACAGGCAGAGGGUAAAAGCCAAGACCAAGCCCAAGGCUGUCCAGACACCGACGAGUAAAUUGCAGGUGCCAUCUCGGAGCUCCAGCCCCUCGCCGCGCUCGAGGCCCGUGGGAACACCAACGUUUCCGCGAUCUCCGAGUAAUGCAUCCAGCCCUGGACGAUUGGAGAGGAUGCAGGCGCAAGCAGCCUCUCCGAGCAGUUCGGCAGCCUCCAGCCCUUUCAGGAGGAUCCCCGCCAAACGCCUUCCUGGAACGGAGAGGACCACGCCUUCACCAGCUGUGUCUGCUUCGCCACGAAGCUCGACCUCGAGCCCGUUCCAAGCAAGGCCGCGAGGCAGCCCGACGAGGUCAAGCCCUGGCUCAUCUCCGCGACGCUUUGGAGGUCCCCUCGGACGACGCCCCCCCGGGCUGCUGAGCGAUGUCUCGUCGGAGGACGGUGUUAUGGUUGACUCUCCCCGGCAAGAGAUGCUUCUCCUGCAGCAGGAGGCUGUGGCCAAAUUGAAGCGGCAACUCGCCGACGAGCAGGCAAAGGCUACGAGGCGAGAAGAGCAGGUCUCAUCUGCGUUGGCAGCGGCAAUUUCGUCCUUGAGGUCGAAUCGACCGCAGGCCAUUGCCUCCUGCGAGCGCCUGGAAGAAGAGAAUGUUUCGCUGAAGCAUCGCAUCCCAGAGCUGGAUGUACAACUGGAGCGCGAGCGUGGGAAGAGCGAAACGAUGGAGGAAGCCAUGAAGGAGCUCGAGAUGCAGGUUGCAUCACUUUCCCGCAAAUGCCAAUUGGCCGAAGAGGAUGCCGCACGAAGCGAGAGCAUGCGGAGCCAAGAUGCUCAACGCCAGGAGGAGGUUUCAGAGGCUGUGCACUUGCACACGGCCUCGUUGCAGAUGGAAAUACAGCUUGCACGAGAAGAGGCCUUGUCACUGUCCCGCAGACGCGACGAGCUGGAGAAGACCUGGCAGCAGGACGUCCAUCGGCUGCAGCUGCAAGCUGAGGCAUUCCGACAAGAGAAUAUGGGUGUCAGACAGUGGGACGAGGCAGAGCGCCGGCUCCUUGAUGAACAGCAUCGCUGCCUGGAGCUGACUGAGAACUUAAAACGACUGCAGCAGGAGGGCCGCGAAGAACUUGCCGCCGAGCGUCGACGAAUGCAAACGCUGCGGGAAGAGCAUAGCCAGGCAGCCCAGGCAGUCGCAGCGGAAAGGGAGACCUCCAAACAUCUUGCACAGCAGCUGCAGCGCUACGAGCAGGAGAAAGGCACUAGGAAUGGCCACGCGGAGGACGGCCUCAGGCUCCUCCGAAGCUUCGAGGCUUGGCAUCGGAGGACCUUGCAGACCAUGCGCGAGCGAAGGCUCGAUGUGGACCAAGCGAAAUCUCAGGAGCUUCAUGAGGCUGGUCGCAAGCUGGCCGUUCAGGAGGGCAAGGUCAAGGCAGCCUUCGGCAGGGCCACGACAGCUGAGAGCGAUUUUGCCUCAGAGAUGUUCACCUGCCAGAAGCUGCAGCAGGAGCUCCGAGAUCUGCGGCACGAGCUUGACUCGGAGGCGAUCAUCCAUCGGUCCAAAGCAGCGGCGCAGGAAGCGCUCCUGGCAGCUGAAAGGACAGAGCGGCAGAAGUUGGAGGAGCGCCGACUCCUUGACGAACAGCGUUGCUUGGAGCUGUCCGAGGACGUCAAGUGUGUUCAGCGCGAGGGCCGCGAAGAACUUGCCGCCGAGCGUCGACGAAUGCAAACGCUGCGGGAAGAGCAUAGCCAGGCAGCCCAGGCAGUCGCAGCGGAAAGGGAGACCUCCAAACAUCUUGCACAGCAGCUGCAGCGCUACGAGCAGGAGAAAGGCACUAGGAAUGGCCACGCGGAGGACGGCCUCAGGCUCCUCCGAAGCUUCGAGGCUUGGCAUCGGAGGACCUUGCAGACCAUGCGCGAGCGAAGGCUCGAUGUGGACCAAGCGAAAUCUCAGGAGCUUCAUGAGGCUGGUCGCAAGCUGGCCGUUCAGGAGGGCAAGGUCAAGGCAGCCUUCGGCAGGGCCACGACAGCUGAGAGCGAUUUUGCCUCAGAGAUGUUCACCUGCCAGAAGCUGCAGCAGGAGCUCCGAGAUCUGCGGCACGAGCUUGACUCGGAGGCGAUCAUCCAUCGGUCCAAAGCAGCGGCGCAGGAAGUGCUCCUGGCAGCUGAAAGGACAGAGCGGCAGAAGUUGGAGGACAGGAAGAAAGCAUAUCAUUCCGAAAAGGCCAAGAGCCGAUUCAAUCCACAACGCCCAAUCAUGAUCAUGCUCCUCCACCUGCUACUUGUUUCUGUUGUAUGUAUGAAGGUAUAA